UAAAGGCCAUCAUGUACACGCAGUCAGUAUAUAUGAGACUAAGGUCAAGGGCAACCUCGCGCAGAAUUUGACGUACGCCAAAAGAUACUAAUUAUUUUCAGGUUUUCGAUGGUUUGAUGCAAACUUAUGAAGAAUCCGAGGAUUAUAAUCCAGCUGAAUGGGAAGACCACAGUGUAUUUUAUAUGGUGCACCUUUUGUAUCAGUGGGGCAUUCACGCAUGUAACACUGUGAUAAAAAAUAAAGCAGCAAAAGAACUUUUGAAAAUGACUAAAACUGUCAAGUUUGAUGUUAUAGUGCAGGACAUUACUUUAACUCAAUGUUUCUACGGAUUAUGGGAGGUUGCUAAAGGUAAGCCACCCAUAGUAGGCUAUGUUCCAUUUGGUCCUGCACCUUGGCUGAAGGAUUACGUCGGUGGUCCAAGUUACCCGACUGUUCGACCCUUCCCUGCAUCCAUUGCGAAACCUGAAAGUUUGUGGCUGAGAACAUGGAAUGCUUUAUAUUACAUUGAGGAUGAUCUCAUACGACAUUACUAUUUCUUGCCUAUUAUUCAACGACUUACUGAGAAAUAUGUAGGCCAUACAAUCAGGCCAUUACAUGAAAUAGAAAAAGAAAGAAUUAAUAUAGUACUAAUUAAUAGUCAUCCUGCGUUCGAGCCUGCGAUCCCAUUGCCACCGAACACCUUAGAGAUCGCAGGACUGAAUGCCCAGGCCGUGCUACCAAUUGCCGGUGAGGUAGUCGUAACGUAUUCUGAGGAUGUUCGCAUAUUUCUUGACGGAGCAAAGAAUGGAGCUAUCGUAAUAUCAUUAGGAACAAAUGUGAAAUGGAAAGAUGUCGGCCUACACAAGAUUAAAACCGUUAUACUGGCUCUGUCGAAACUGAAGCAACGAGUGCUGUGGAAGCUAGAUAUUGAAGUGCCAUUUGAGAUACCGGACAAUGUAAUGGUUGUGAAAUGGAUGCCGCAAAGCGAAGUUUUAUGUACGUUUUCCAGUUUCUAUGUAGGAGAAACAUGAGACCCAAUAUAUAUUUUCUCGUAACAUUUGUUUAUAAUUAGUCAUUGCCUUUCGUACAUUCUCUUAUCAACGUAAA